ACCCUCAGGCAGUCAUGGGUCCGGGUAGAGGAGGCCCAGGACGGAGUCGAGACCCACCUCUACACGCCCGCGCCCCUCGCGGGCGGCGGCAUUCGCCGUCGUGGCCGUCGGCGCCGUGGGUGCAGGCAAGGCGUUCGACGGAAUGCCCCACGGCUCCUGAGCUGCCAGGGCCCGGCGCGGUCCCCGUGCUGCAGCACGCGUCGUGGGCGGACCUCCCGGCGGACAUCCUCGGCCUUGUGGUCGGCCGCAUACCCCGCGCCGACGACCGCGCCAGGCUGCGCUCCGCCUGCCGCGCGUGGCGGGCCGCGGCGCGUGCCCACGGGCGGCCGCCGCCACCGCUCCCGCUGCUCGUGCUCUCUGACUUCGCCUUCUCCAGCUUCUGCGCUGACGGGGCCAUGACGGGCGCGCGGCGCAUCCCGCUGCCGUCACGGGAGAUGGCGGUUGACGUCCGCUGCGUCGGAGCUUUCCAAGGGUGGCUUGCCGGCGUGCAGCUCAAUAAAGGUCGCUACUUUGGUGACGGCCGGUGCUUCCUGAUGGACGCGUUCUCCCGGGACGUCAUCCGUCUCCCGCCGCCUUCUGUAGCCACACAUUUCAUUGAUGCCUACAGCAGAUCUCUCCCCAUCGCCAAUGGCUCCGGCGCAGUGCAUUGCACGGUUAAUGGUGCGCAGUAUGUGAUGUCGUUCUGCAAGGUGGUCUUGUCCUCUUCACCUGACCCUGGCUCCAAGUGCGUUGUGGCUGCCAUCUCUGUGCACAGGAGUGCUGCUAAGCUUGCUCUGUGGCGACCUGGGAUGACGUCGUGGUGCGUGUGCCAUGGAGGCUGCAUCAGUAAGUUCAGUGACAUCGCCUUGUACCAGGGGAAGGUCUACAUGUUCAGCAAGCUCACCACAAACCUCUUCGUCUUUGACAUCUCGGAAGACGACAGUGGCCUGAUGGUUUCUCGUGUCGAGCGCUGCGUGACCGAACUGCCUGAGGUCAAGGAUAGCUAUGGACAGAGGUGGAACAUAGUUGAGUGGCAUGAGAAACUUUUGCUGGUUGUGACAUACCUAGGCGGUGCAGAAGGCUGGCACAACAUUUGUAAGAUUGGGGUAUUUGAGGUGGACUUGAGCACAAAACCUUUCAGAUUCACUGAGAUCAACAGCUUGGAUGGCGACUGCAUUUUUAUCAGCCCGUGCAGCAGCAACUCAUUCCGUGCGUGUCAGUACGACGGAGUCGAAGAUGAUCUUAUCUACUUCAUUGAUGGUGGCCUCUACCCUGCUAAAAAUGCACCUCCUUUUGAUAGAUUUGUGUACAGCAUGAGGGAUGGUGCAAUGGCGCCAUUUGCUGCAGAAAUACCAGAGGGCAGCCUCCGGGCACAUGAUGGCAGUCCGAUGAAUCCGACAUGGCUUUUUCCUUCUGAAUGAACUGGUGCAGAUCAAAUCUUGUCCUAACGAGCACGAAUGGAUUGGAAGCGCUGAUGCUGCUUGGUUUGAGGCGACAAGCUGUUUUGUUUGUGACUGAGAACAAGUGUACGCUGUUGUUUUGUGUAUGAUUUCUGCCAUGCUUGUCUGAAUUUGAUGGCUUUUAGUAUUUAACUUGUGUGUACUUCCUUUUGAAGCUCCUUUGUAGAUGGCUAGUGGCUAUGUGCUGUUGUGUUUGAACGUGAAUGUGGUGAAUUUGAGCUGAAUUUGAGCUGUGCGAUGUA